AUGUCUUAUUACAAUAACCCCCCGCAGAACCAGUACGGUGGCGGCGGCGCUGGCCACUAUGACCAACAAGGCCAAGGCCAUUACCCUCAGCAGGGUCACUCUCCUCAACCUCAACAAGGCUACUAUUCCCCAGAGGGCCAACAAGCUUACGGCCAGCCUCAAUAUGGCCAAGGACCCCCACAUGGCCAGCAAGGCCAGGGCUACGGUCAACCACAGCAUGACCAGUACCAGCACCAGCAGGGUCAGUACCAGCAGGGUCCAGGAUACGGCCAGCCUCCCCAGGACCGUGGCCAUUCACCCUACCCUCCACAGCAGCACCAGGGAGGUGGCGAAAGCUCUUCAUACUACGGCGGUGCGCCAGCACAGCACCAGCAGGGCCCACCUGGCGCCGCAGGGCCAGAGGGUGAGAGGGGACUGGGAUCAACACUGCUCGGUGGGGCUGCUGGCGGCUUCAUGGGCAACAAGAUGGGCCAUGGCUUGCUUGGUACUGCGGGCGGUGCUGUCUUGGGUGCGGUUGGCAUGAACAUGGCGACCAACAAGCUGUAA